AUGAAUGGCCUGGAGGUGGCUUCCCCAGGUCUGACCGCCAACUCCUCCCUGGUCAUCUCAGAGCAAUGUGGCCAGGAGACGCCACUGGAGAACGUCCUCUUCGCCUCCUUCUACCUCCUGGAUUUCAUCCUGGCUUUUGUUGGCAAUGCCCUGGCCCUGUGGCUUUUCAUCCGAGACCACAAGUCAGGCACCCCCGCCAACGUAUUCUUGAUGCAUCUGGCUGUGGCCGACUUGUCCUGUGUGCUGGUCCUGCCCACCCGCCUCGUCUACCACUUCUCUGGGAACCACUGGCCAUUUGGGGAAAUCCCGUGCCGACUCACCGGCUUCCUCUUCUACCUCAACAUGUACGCCAGCAUCUACUUCCUCACUUGCAUCAGCGCUGACCGCUUCCUGGCCAUCGUGCACCCCGUCAAGUCCCUUAAGCUCCGCAGGCCCCUCUAUGCACACCUGGCCUGCGCCUUCCUCUGGGUAGUAGUGGCCGUAGCCAUGGCCCCGCUGCUGGUGAGCCCGCAGACCGUGCAGACCAACCACACGGUCAUCUGCCUGCAGCUGUACCGGGAGAAGGCCUCCCAGCACGCCCUCGUGUCCCUGGCUGUGGCCUUCACCUUCCCGUUUGUCACCACGGUCACCUGCUACCUGCUGAUCAUCCGCAGCCUGCGGCAGGGACCUCGCGUGGAGAAGCGCCUCAAGAACAAGGCGGUCCGCAUGAUCGCCGUGGUGCUCGCCAUCUUCCUGGUCUGCUUCGUGCCCUACCACGUGCACCGCUCCGUCUACGUGCUGCGCUACCACGGCGGAGGGACCUCAUGUGCCACCCAGCGCAUCCUGGCCCUGGGAAACCGCGUCACCUCCUGCCUCACCAGCCUCAACGGGGCACUGGACCCAGUCAUGUACUUCUUUGUGGCUGAGAAGUUCCGCGAUGCCCUGUGCAACCUGGUCUGUGGCAAAAGGCUCUCAGGCCCACCCCCCAGCUUUGAAGGGAAAACCAAUGAGAGCUCACUGAGUGCCAGGUCAGAGCUGUGAGCCCCCGGACGCCAGCCCUGGGCCCCAGUGCCACAGACUGUCCUCAGAAGGACCUCCCCACCCCACCUCAGGGUGCACGCCACCAGACUCGUGAUGAAGAAGCCCAGUCUCUCCAAGGGCGGAACUCAGCACCCAGUAACUGGUUCUGUCUUAUCUCAUGUGCAAAUCCCUAAAAGAGGACACCCCUCCAUGGAAACAAUCAGCCACCCACCCCCUGCAAAGACUGUGCUGGCCCUGCUCACUUACAGUUACUGGAUACUCAGUGACUUCACCCCAUGGCAAGGCGGGGCAAGGAGGCCAGAGGAACAGUUCCCAAACAAUGAGUGUCUUUCUUCCCCAAGGGCUGCUUGCUAGACUCCCAAUCUCCUUCCCGAGAAACACACAGCAGCAGAGCUCUGCAGAAAGAACCCCAGACGGCAGCUGCGAAUGACUCAAGAGAAGGGGGUGUGGGAAUCCUGAUGGAGGGGAAGGAGUAUGAGUUUCCUGGGUGGCACCUUUGCCAGAUGACCCCUGAGUUCAGGGGACAUGGACGGUAACUUGUAACUGAGUGUUUCAGGUACAUUUCGGGUUGGCCAGCAAAUGACAUCCAACAAGCGCGGCCUUUGGGCUCCUCAACUCAGGGCUGGGUCCUUGCUCGCUGCGCAAGGCCUGACAAUCCCCAUGGCUUCUCAGCAGCUGCCUGAUCCCUCUUGAGUCAGCUGAGCAGCCGGCAGGGGUGGACAGACGGGGCAGCCGGGCUUUGUCCUCGUCUCAGGACACCUCCAGCAGGGAGCCCACGCCUGGCAUGGGACCCUGUGUCCCACUAACCGAGACCAGCAGCGGUGUCCUUUGCCUCCUGAGAGGUUCUACCUGCCAUGGCGAGGCCCAGGUCCCCUUUUGUACCUGAUCACACUGAUUGUAAACAUAACUGUACUUUAAGAUUCUGAAGGUUAUUGUGUUCGGCUGACAUAAUUCCCUUCCCAGAACUACUCCUCCCUCCCACCCAAGAGUGGCAAAGCCGAGGUGAGGACUGGAGAGGCCAGGCAGCACCUGCUUUUGCCUCUGGAUCAGACGCCCCCGCAGCCUGCCCCACGUGCACACUCACACUCUGCACCACAGGCCUCAGAGGGCAGCCCCGGGCGAGGAGGGUCUCUGCGGUGCGGCCACACUUUCUUCACAGCAGCACCUUACUUCGGAGCGCUUCCAGCCUCUCCCGGGUUUUCCCAGCCUCUCCUGCCACAGGCAGCUCCAUGUGAGCUGGAGCUCAGGAGAGAGGACUCGCUCAGGCCCAUACCUGGCGGGCAACCCCCGAUCGGCGCAGGACCGCUGGGACACCACCUCCCCUCCACAGCCCCUUCUGUAGACAAUGACAGGGACCCCUGCCCAGCGGCCCACAGACACCAAGACCGA